UGCUCUUGCUCGUACUGCCGUCAGCAUCUCCUUUACUUAGCUCUCUGCUCGAGUAAAGUCAAGGCUGAAUUAAAGUCAACUCAGCUGUGCCUGGAGAAUACUUUCGUCAGGGUUAGAGAGCAAAUAUCAACAAACACACAAGCCUGUGUCUUUUUUCUUUGAAUCAAGUGACUCUUGAAUCGAAGGUUAAGACACGGAGUGAAAACAUGCUUGAACCCCACUACGGAGAAGAAGAGCGGUGGAACAAAGAGAGGUGAUAAAGAACUCAAGGAAAGGAAGCUGCGAGUACAGUGGAUUGUUCACCUUUGGGUAUUUGACUACCAAGCUCAUAGAGGACAUCUGUCUGUCUCUCAGGAUACACUCUGCACCUCGUGAACAAAUCCCCAGGGCUGCUUGGAGCCCUGCUUAUCUCGGCAUGCUUUAAAGCUGUCAGGGGCGAUGUGGUGGCAACAGAAAGGCAGUUUUCAUCGAACCUGAUCUGAAGAAAAGAAGAAUUUUCUCCUCUCUUGUUUGCCUUCUAUUCUUCUGUGUCCUUACAUAUUAUGUUCCUACGUUGGACUGCAAUAUAAAGAACACUUAUCCGCAACUUGAGGGUUCUUCGUCCCAUCCUGUCUGUCCUUCUUUUCACUCUGUGUCCUCCAUACCUUCACCUUUUCAUUCACAGUGCAAACUUUUCCCUUUGAUACCUAUGUAACUGCUUUCUUUCCCUCCUCCAUUUCUUUUCUUCCCUAUUGUUCCUCGUCAGUCCUUCCUUCCUUGCACUUUCCUCUUAUUUCUAAUGCAUCUCCCUUGCCUGAUUUUUUUUCCUUUUCACCCCUAUUUUCCUCUCCCUUUUUGACUAUUCAUUUUUCUCUCCUUUCUUGAGCCUGAGGGCACCAGGACUCAGUGGCUGAACACAUACUGCUCACUGUCUCUCCUAUUUGCCAUUUCUUCUCGACCUGCUCACGUCCACGUUUUUUUCUCUCAGCUCCCUCACAAUUAUCCUUCCCGUCCUGUCACAAUGUACUCCUCCGCGGGGCUCUGGAACUCUACCGAGCAGGUCUGGAUCAACGGCUCCGAGGCAAACGUCUCUCUGGCAAACGUCUCUCUGGGAAGACAUGGGGUUGUGGAGGAGGAGGAGGAGGAGGAAGGAGAUCAGCACCCCUUCCUUACGGACGCAUGGCUGGUCCCCCUCUUCUUCUCUCUCAUCAUGCUGGUCGGACUGGUGGGAAACUCUCUGGUUAUUUAUGUAAUUUCCAAACACAGACAGAUGAGGACAGCAACCAACUUCUACAUAGCAAACCUGGCAGCCACUGACAUUAUCUUCUUGGUGUGCUGCGUCCCCUUCACUGCCACCCUCUAUCCUCUCCCUGGAUGGAUCUUUGGUAACUUCAUGUGCAAAUUUGUUGCCUUUCUACAGCAGGUGACAGUCCAAGCCACCUGUAUCACUCUGACAGCUAUGAGCGGGGACCGCUGCUACGUCACAGUCUACCCUCUAAAAUCUCUCCGCCACCGCACCCCGAGAGUAGCCAUGAUGGUCAGCAUCUGCAUUUGGAUUGGCUCCUUUAUCCUGUCUAGCCCGAUUUUAAUGUACCAGCGUAUAGAGGAGGGUUACUGGUACGGCCCAAGGCAGUACUGCAUGGAGAGAUUCCCCUCAAAGACACAUGAGAGGGCUUUCAUCCUCUACCAGUUUAUUGCUGCCUACCUGCUGCCUGUCCUCACUAUCUCCUUCUGCUACACUCUGAUGGUGAAGCGGGUGGGCCAGCCAACUGUGGAACCAGUAGACAACAACUAUCAGGUCAACCUCCUGUCUGAGAGAACUAUCAGUAUUAGGAGAAAAGUCUCCAAGAUGGUGGUAGUAAUCAUCCUCCUCUUCGCCAUUUGUUGGGGUCCCAUCCAGAUCUUCGUCCUCUACCAGUCUUUCUAUCCUAACUACCAGCCCAACUAUGCGACAUACAAGAUCAAGACGUGGGCCAACUGUAUGUCCUACGCCAACUCUUCGGUCAACCCUAUAGUUUACGGUUUCAUGGGAGCCACCUUCCAAAAGUCCUUCAGGAAAACCUUCCCGUUUCUGUUCAAACACAAAGUCAGAGAUAGCAGCAUGGCUUCCAGGACUGCCAACGCUGAGAUCAAGUUUGUUGCUGCAGAGGAAGGCAACAAUAAUAAUGCAACAAAUUGAAUCUGACAGUUAGAAAUAGCAAGAAAGAGGUUAUUGUUUAUAUCCACUGCAAUCUCUACAAGAAGACAAUAAAAAUAAUUUAAAAACUCCAGCCAUGGGUUCAUUGUGUGAAAGGCUUCACAGAGAAACUUGCUGAUUACAAAAGGACAGACUAUGUUUGGCAGACAUAUUUUGGUUAUGUUAAUAAAUACAUUAAUUAAUGAAUUGAUGUGGUGAAACAGAGACUCAUAAUACAGAUGGACACUAACUGUGUUUGGCACAAUAUGUUACCUGUUUGACUGUCAAGGCCAGGCAGCGUUGGCACGUAACAUCAUCCAUCGAGCUGCCAAACACCACAGCCAAAUAGGACAGUGGUAAACAUCUGAUAGUGAAAGAGGGACUGUCAGCGGGAGCCCUAAUCCCUGUAAGAAAAUGUCUGACAGGGUCUGGAGGCCAGGAGGUGAUUUGUUUAGCUUAGCAUAAAGACUGGAGGCAGGGGGAAACAAAUAGCCUGGCCCUAUCCAAAGUUCAAAAAUAUUCCGACCAGCACCUCUGGAGCUUAUAAAGUACUGUAAUUAUUGGAUUUGUUUAAUCGGACUGUUGUUCUUCAAGAAAUAUUUGCAGCACAUAACUACCCACAAAACUACAAAAAGCUCAGGGGUUAAGAUGCCAACCAUGAACCUUUGUUGCAUCUUUUUCUCCCUCAUUUUCUAUAAUUUUUCUCCUGUUAUAAAGGCAUAAAAAAAAAGAAGCUAAUUCCCCUUAUUUCCAGCCUUAUGUGAAGUUAAGAACUAUAGAUCAUAUUGGAGUUAUAGUUAUUUUCAUUAAGAGUUUCCAACUUGUAAAUAGCAUUUACGUCAAAUUGCAUGUUGUAAUAAAGACUUUUUGGAAUAUCUCACUUGGCACUUAGUGAUAUGGAAUAUCCGUUGUUGAAUGUAAUUUAAGCCACAUUUAAUCGAUGUGGUGUUAUAUUAUCAGUUCACAGUAUUUUUAAUCCUCAAACAACCAACUCUGUAACCACACAACCCUCUUUAGUUUUUCAACAUUAGAAUCUUUCCUACCAUCCAUCCCAUAUGACGUGAACACGGCAUUAACGAACAGACAGGAAAGCACAUUUUCCAAAAUACCAUACUAUUCCUUUGAAAAAUCAGGCUGUCUUUAGACGUAUUUCCAUGUUUUCAUCCCCAACAUUGUAAGGUCAAUUUUGCAAAUUCCUCUCUGUCGUGUUUUUUUUUUUUUUUCUCCACAGUAACAGUUAGCUCUGUAUCUUAAACUUUAAGAAGGUUAAAGUCUCUUUUUGUGAGAAUCUAAUGAAACAAAACCAGCAUGCUGCCAAAUGUGAUGCGUGGGAGCUGGCUAAAGCAGGGGUUAUGACCGGUGAAGCAUGGACAGUGUUUACCUUUCUUUUGUGUCCCACACACAAACAUUCACACCUCAAUACAUGUGCACAUUGCAGAAACAUGCAUACACAGGUAUGCACUUUCACCAGGUGUUGUUUACUGGAAUCAGUUGUCACAUCUUUGAUAAACAGCCUUGUAUGAUCUUGUCAGAUGGACUCAAUUGUAAAUGGGGGAGGUAACCCCUAUGGCCUGUUCCCUGUAUUUUGAAGGAGAACUUGUUCAGGGAGCAGCUGUCUGGAUGGAAAAUGCCUAUCAUUGUUAAUAUAUCUACAUAACCCCUGUCAACUCAUCACGUCAUCACUUCACCUCAUUUUCUUUCCAUCCCACACAGUUACAUUCAAAAUCAGGACUUCAUAGAAAAUGUGCUAAUGCCAUUUUGAUUUGAAUUUUAGAUACUGUGGGACUUGGUGUCAUCAUGGCUCCAUUUGAAUUACAUCAAAGUGUCUUGCAAGGAAAGCCAGAGUGCUUUUAUGUAAUUAUUAGCCAGACACUGGUAACAAAAAGGUGGUCUCUCAUUAAUUGAGAACAUUUGAGCAAAUGUUGCAAACAGAAGUGGAAAAAUCUUCAUCCGUGGCCACCUUAAUGUCACUAAAAAUGUAACCUAACAUGUUCUGUCGUACUAAUUAUAUGUACCUCUAAAUACAGUUUUAUUACAUGAUGAAUGAAAUGAACAAGUGUUUACUUUUACUGAAAAAAGCACCUUCAUUUCAUUUAAAUGACUUGUGCUUCGCAAAGCCAUUUAUUUUCAGUUACUGUAAGUGUUUCUGUGAAACAUGUUUUAACAUGUUUAAUUUAAUGCUAAUUGUUGCUUUUUAAUGUAUGCUAAUUGUGCUGCAUUUCUGCCACAGAGAUUAAUGCACAUUCAUUACGACCAAGGCCACCAAUAAUAUGUAUGUAAGUGUUCUCUUGUAUCUAUGCUUAUUCUGACAUUGUGAUUCUACUACAUGUCUGUUUUGGUUGUUCAGAAACAUCUUCACCCUUUAACCUUGAACAAUAAAACAAAGUGACCAUUAAA